AUGGCUCAUAGAGCUUCCUCCGCCUCUUCCGGCGCGGGAGAACCGCGAGUCUGGGCUCCCAGGAGAAGCCAGCGAUUAGAUCAACGGCCAGGAUUCGCAUCAGCCGCUGCUGCUGCCCCCUCUGCCGCGGGUCGUAGCUCCAACGUUCGUCCAGUUAGACCAAGCGGGUCUCCCGCCGCAGCUCCCGCGGAGGGGCACAGCGUUACUAGUCGAACCCCGGCGCAUUACCGCCGUUCGUUAGCGGAGAUCGCGGCCGCGUCGUCUUGCGGCAGCCGGCCCGCGCCCGGCGGAAUGACGGCGGUGGUGGGCGAAGCGAGUCUCACGGCGCAAGUCGCGGACAACCUCACGCUGCCGCCUCACGGCGUCGCGUCCGCCGCUUCCUCCUUGAACGGCGGGGAUGGCGGCGGAAGCGCCGCUGGCGCAACUAGGGAAGGGGGAGCCGGCGGAGGCGGGGGGGCGUGGGGGGUGCAGCAUCACGCGGGGGUGGGCGCCGCGGCUGCUGAUUGGCCGGCUAUCGCGAGCGCGUCGCACGAAUUCGUAGAUGGCGCGGCGGCGUCCGAGUCGUCUGAGGUGCCUGUAGCGAGAGAUAUGGAGUCCGGGAAAGAGGGAGGCGAUCCGCAGUGGGCGCAGCAGUCGCAGCAGGCGCAACGGCACCCAGUCGCCAUGGCGGACGACCAAGCCUCGGUGGACAGCCACGAGGAGAGCUUCGCGCAGAUCGCGCCCCCCGUCGCGCGCGCGCAGGUCUCGCAGUCCAACUCCGUCGUCGACGGCCGGCGCGGCGGGGGCUGGGGCGCGGGGGGGCGCGGAGUCGAGUUCCGCGGGCAGUUGCAGACGCGCUCGGCGCGCAGUGGCGGCGGACGCGGAAGCGCGGGCGGACAGGGCGGAGUUGCGCUCAGCGGCGUCGGCGCGGUGGGGGACGGCAGUCGCGCGGGGCCUGGCGGAGCGGGGGUAUGGGGGGCUGCCGCGGAGGGGGACGGCAGUCGCGCGGGGUACUGGGCGGGGGCGCAAGGGGAGGGCGUGGGGGGAGCGGGGGAGAGAGGCGCGGGGGCGUUUGACGCCAUGGGGAUUCCCGCGCCUGCCGCGUCCGUGCAGAGCCAGGGUUCGUCUCUAGGCAGCGGGCACGACGCGGGGGGAGGCGCGGGCGCGGGCGCGCAUAAGAGGCAGCGGGGGAGGCGAUCCGCGCAUGCGCCCGCGAUGGCGGAGGUGCACAUGGCGGCGGAUCCGGGUGGGCGAUUCGGGGAUUCUGAUGAGGUGUCGAUUGGAAGCAUGAACGCGUGUAGCAGCGGCGCCAGAAGCGGGGGAGGCGGUGGCGCUAGAAGCGGGGGGGGCAGUGCGGGGGGAGGCGUGGGCGGAAGAGAAGGCGUGGGGGGAGGUGGGGGGAGGGAUGAAGAGGAGAUGGGGGGCGCAGCUGCCUCUGGGGCGGGGCGAGGGGGACGCGGAGGGGGGAGUGGGCGGGGGAGGCGAGGGGGAGGGGGAAGCAGGCAGGCGCAAGGGUCGCAGACAGGGGGAAGGGGGCAAGAGGAUCGCGAGAUAGACGCGCUGGGACGCUGCAUGACCAAGAUUCUGAGGCACCAGGCGAGCCAGCUGGGCAUACACGUGGCGCCAGAUGGCUUCGUGCGAGUGGCUGAUCUGCUGCUGCUGCCCGUCAACACCAACGCCCACCGCCCCCUCGCCUCCCACACGCUGGAGGACGUGCGCCUGGCCGUGGCGCGGGACAACAAGCAGCGAUUCACACUGAGGGAGGGGCCAGGGGGCGAGGUGUACGUGCGGGCGAACCAGGGCCAUUCCCUGCACGUGGAUGAGGAGCAGCUGCUGCGGCGCAUCACCGACCCUGCUGCCCUGCCAGAGUGUGUGCACGGCACGUACGAGCGCCACCUGCCAUCCAUUCUGGCGGGGGGUUUGAGUCGCAUGAACCGGCAGCACGUGCACCUCACCAAGGGGGUGCCCUCGCAGCACCACUCGGUUGUCAGCGGCUUCCGUUCAAACGCAGAGGUGCUAGUGGUGGUGGACGUGGGUCGCGCCAUGGCAGGUGGGGUGUUGCGUUACCGACAUGGAAGUGUGGUGGCAUGUGAUGGGAGGUGGCAUGUGAUGGGAGGUGGCAUGUCAUGGGAGGUGGCAUGUGAUGGGAGGUGGCAUGUGAUGGGAGGUGGCAUGUCAUGGGAGGUGGCAUGUGAUGGGAGGUGGCAUGUGAUGGGAGGUGGCAUGUCAUGGGAGGUGGCAUGUCAUGGGAGGUGGCAUGUGAUGGGAGGUGGCAUGUCAUGGGAGGUGGCAUGUCAUGGGAGGUGGCAUGUCAUGGGAGACGGCAUGCCAUUCUUCGAGUCCGACAAUGGGGUCAUCCUCACCUCGGGCGACAUCCCUCCAACAUGCCUCUUUGCUCUGGUUCGAACGGCCCUUUCCUCCCCACCUUCACCUGCUUCCUUCCAUGUCCAUGCCCCCUCCCUUCCUCUUCCCUCCUCCCCCUUUCCCCCAGACGGCAUGCCAUUCUUUGAGUCAGACAACGGGGUCAUCCUCACAUCUGGCUUCCACGGCUACAUCCCCCCAGCCUACUUCGCCUCCAUCCUCAAGUGGCCCUCACUCCUCCCUCACCCUCUCUCCCCUCCUCCUCCCCAUCCUCCCCAUCCCUCUCCACCUGCCCUCGCUCCCGUUCCCCCUGCUGCCUCUGCUGCGGCCUGCGCGGGGGAAGCAGCGGGGCCGUGUUUAGACCCGAAUAUGGGGGGGGUUGCUGUACUUGGACUGAAUGUUUCGGAGGAAGGGUGUACGCCCGUGCCUCCUGCUGCGUCGGCGGCUGUGUGCGUGGGGGAGGCGAGUGUGAGGAGUGAUGGGGGGGGCAUGGGGGAUGAGGGGGUGGGUGGGACCGCAGAGUCGGGGAGAGGGGAGGUGGGCGGGUCGAAUGAGGAUGAGGAGAUGGUGGGAUGA